AGCGUCUCCGCUUCUUGGAACACUCAACACAGGCUUCCAGCCCGGAGCCAGGUGAGCGGCCGCUACCUCCCCGGCAUCUGCAGAGCCUGCUCCUCCAUGAACUUGCCUAGAGCUGAGCGCCUUCGCCCCACACCUCCGCUCAGCCUCCGGGGUUCCGAUGGGGAAGACUGUGAGAUCGAUAUCCUGGGAGAGGGGGAAGAUGAAGAGGAGGAGGAAGAUGAGGAACCCGAGGGAAGCCAGCGGUUCCCAGAGCCUCUACACCAGCCGCAGCCGCAGGAGGCGCGGCUGGGCGCUGGCGCGCUUCCGGGAGAGCGCACCGAGAGCAUUGGCGGCCCAAGCAACUCUUCCGAAUUCUGCCCCAAGUUCGGGGUCUCGACGGGGUCUGCAGCGGCCUCUCGGGACGCCCAGCAGCCGGCGAAGCCCCCCUACUCUUACAUCGCGCUCAUCACCAUGGCCAUUCUGCAGAGCCCGCACAAGCGCCUCACGCUUAGCGGCAUCUGUGCCUUCAUCAGUGGCCGCUUCCCUUACUACCGCCGCAAGUUCCCCGCCUGGCAGAACAGCAUCCGCCACAACCUCUCCCUCAACGACUGCUUCGUCAAGAUUCCCCGCGAGCCAGGACACCCGGGCAAGGGCAACUACUGGAGCCUGGACCCCGCCUCCCAGGACAUGUUCGACAACGGCAGCUUCCUUCGGCGCAGGAAGCGCUUCAAGCGCCACCACCCACCUCCCGGAGCCCACCUACACCACCCCUUCCCCCUACCCGCUGCACCCGCUGCCCUGCACGGCCCCUACCCGGGCAUGCUGCUCGGGUCACCGACCCCGCCGCAGCCUGUCCCUGGGGCCUAUACCGCCUCCACCCCCGGGAGCCGCCCGUGCGCGCUGCUACAUCCUCACCCCCUCCGCUACCUGCUGCUCUCCGCCCCGGCCUACGCUGAGGUUCCCAGGAAAGCUCAAGGCGAGGAUCUGGGGACCCCCGGCGCCCUUCCGGCGCUGCAGCCCACGUUAGACUUCCAGCCAUGGGAAGAGAGCAAGGGGCCGGCGUCGCGGCCAGCUGGCGGAUGCACCUCCUUCAGCAUCGAGAGUAUCAUGCAAGGGGUCCCCGGAGCGGGUGCAGGCGCUGCGCAGAGUCUGCCCGCGACCCCGUGGGGUUACUGCCACCUGCUGCAGCGUUCGCCGUGCCUGUUGCAUCCUCAGGCCGACAAUUUUGAAGCAGCAGCAGCAGCAGCAGCAGGAUUGUACCAGCGGCUGCGCUCCCAGCAAGGGCGCUCUGCUGGGCCGUCACCUGUCCGCCACCUAGGCGCAGCUAGGGUGUCAGUCCGGAGCAGAGGGUUCUAGGCUGACGUCGCUGGUCGCCUUUUCGGGCGGAGAGGGGACCUCACCGGCCUUUUGAAUAGCAUCCACACCUGUCCCGGA